UAACGGAGGUAGUACAUUUAUUGAUCCAACAUUCUUAGUUUCUUACCCAUAAAUAAAGGCUAUAAAAGAGAGGUUAAGGCAUGAACAAUUGCAAGCAAACUUACAUUGCAUGGAUUCAAAACACUUCAUUCCUAUAAUAAACCACACAAAACAUGGAUGCACAAAGCCAAUUACAUGCUACAACAAAACUAUAUGAUGCAGCAUUCAAGGAGACGUACCUUCAUUGCUCAACUUGCUCGGAGAAGACCCACUUAUCCUUGAUCGAUGCAUUAUCGAAAAAUCAGGAAAGUAUAUGCAGUCGCCAUUACAUGUAGCAGCAAAUUUUGGGCAUGUAAACUUUACUAACAAGUUAAUAGAAAAAAAGCCAAAACUAGUAGAGGUGGUUGAUCAAAUAAAAAGAUCAUCACCCCUACACAUUGCCUGUGCCGAAGGGCACUUGCAAAUCGUUAAAACCUUGCUUGGGGUGAACUCGAGCAUUUGCUACACACAUGACCAAGAUGGUAAGACGCCUGUUCACGUAGCUGCCAUAAAUGGUCAAAUUGACGUACUUGGAGCUCUUCUUAAUGUAGAGCCACAAGCUGCUCGGGAGCGGACUAUGGGUGGUGAAAGUGUGUUGCAUUUGUGUGUGAAACAUAAACAACCAGAGGCUUUGAGGUUUUUGGUAAAAACGAUAAAUGAUGGUGAGUUGCUUAACUUCGAUGAUGCCGUUGGUAAUACCGUCUUGCACCUAGCUGUGGCUGCCAAACAACCAGAGAUGGUAGAAAUUAUAAUACUACAUCCAAAGAUUAAAAAGAAUGCGGUUAACAAAAAUGGAUUGACAGUUGUGGAUACUCAUAAGCAAAGUCGGAAGGAUUCGACACAAGAUAAAAAGAUAUGGAUACUCCUUAAUCGUGCCAAUGUGUUACCCGCAAAGGAAGCACUGAAAACGACAAAAGACCGUGCUUGGUUGGAGGACCGUCGCACAUCUCUAAUGGUGGUGGCAUCCUUGAUCGCAACCAUGGCUUUCCAAGUUGGAAUUAAUCCCCCGGGAGGCGUUUGGCAAGAUAAAAAAACAUACACUAGCCAACAAGAUAUAAAAUUUUUUGGAUUACAAAAGGACCACAUCGCAUAUGCGGGUACUUCUGUAUGGUCAUACGGUCAUCAUUUUGAUUACAAUAUCGUACUAGUUAGUAACACCGUUGGACUAAUAUCAUCCCUAAGUGUCAUCCUUCUCCUUAUAAGCGGCCUUCCAUGCAAGCGAUAUUUAAUAUCCAUUUUGAGGAUAAUCCUAUGGAUUUCUGUCACGGCAACAACAUUGACAUACUUGUUCUCGGUAUCCAAUCUAACUUAUGGAGAAGGCGGAAUUUGGACUGCAUUAGGGAUUUCUGUCGUAGCUUGGCUAGGGUUAAUGGGAUCUAUACUCGUGGGACAUUUUUUGCGAUUCAUAUGGAAGCUUAUUAGUUGGCUAAGGAGGCAAUCAAUAAUGAUGUAUUAUCUGAUAUGGCCAAAAAACACUACAAAUGAAUCAAAUUUGAUCGACAGCGUAUGAUAGUCUCAGCACAAGGUGCGUCGUCUUCACAUUCAUCGCGUUCUACUCCGGCCAUGUUUGUUUCCCGGCUGUUCAAUAAUAAUGUACGAGUAGUACUUUGAUUGAUUUUUUUUUUUUGAAGGAGUACUUUGAUUAAUUAGAUUGCACUAAGCAUGAUUUUAUUUAUGUACCAUCUUCAUUAUUAGCUUAGCUUGUUUGUCAAAGUGUGUUGCUUUACAUUUUAAGUGUAAUAUAUAAGCAAACAUCAAUUAUAA